AUGUAUUCGUCUUCUUCCUUUUCAGAAUUCCAUGUCGCUUAUCUGUUUAUUCGUAUGGGAAACUCUCCAAGACCUGGUUUAUGGACGUUAGAAAAAUCAAGUGAUUAUGGAAAAACUUGGUCACCCUGGCAACAUUUCUCAGAUUCUCCAUCUGACUGUGAGAUUUACUUCGGAAGAGAUUCGCUUAAUCCAGUAAGAAGAGACGAUGACGUUAUCUGUACAACAGAAUUCAGUAAAAUUGUUCCAUUGGAAUCAGGAGAAAUUAUCGUUCGAUUAUUGAAUGGUAGACCAUCAUCCAACAAUUAUUUCAACUCGUCAACCUUACAAGAAUGGACUCGAGCAACCAACGUGAGAAUACGAUUGUUGAGAACAAAGAAUUUGCUGGGACAUUUGAUGAGUGUCGCUCGUCAAGAUCCAACAGUCACCCGUCGUUAUUUCUACUCGAUCAAAGAUAUUUCCAUUGGUGGACGUUGUGUGUGUAAUGGGCAUGCAAACACUUGCUCACUUCUUGACCCACGUGCACAAACGAGAUUGUUAGCAUGUUCAUGUCAACAUAACACGUGUGGCAUUCAAUGUGAACAAUGUUGUCCUGGUUUUGAACAGAAGAAAUGGAGACAAAAUACAAAUGCGAGACCGUUCCAAUGCGAACCUUGUAAUUGUCAUGGACACACUGAUCGAUGUAUUUAUUCAGAAGAUGUUGAUUAUAGAGGUGAAUCUCUCGACAUUUAUGGACGAUACGAAGGUGGCGGUGUCUGUCAAGAUUGCCGUGAUAACACAAAAGGCAUCAACUGUAAUCAAUGUAUGGAUCGAUAUUAUCGUCCAUACGGAAAACAUUGGAAUGAAACUGAUGUUUGUCGUCCUUGCAAUUGCGAUUAUUUCUAUUCAACUGGAAAUUGUGAAGAAGAAACAGGACAUUGUGAAUGUCGGCCAGAGUUCCAAGCUCCAAAUUGUGAUUCUUGUUCUGAAGGAUAUUUUGGAUAUCCAAAUUGUCGACCAUGUGAAUGUAAUUUGAAUGGAACUUUGGGUUAUCAUUGUGAAGCGACUGAUGGAAAAUGUCCUUGUAAAGUAAACUUUGGUGGAAACUUUUGUAAAGAAUGUGCCCCAGGAUAUUUCAACUAUCCAGAAUGUCAAUUUUGUAGUUGCAAUGAAAUUGGAUCAAUUGGUGAGACGUGUGAAGAGUCAUCUGGUCAAUGCGUUUGCAAACCAAACUUUGGUGGUGAGAAAUGUGAUGAAUGUAAAGACGGCUAUUAUGAUUAUCCAGCUUGUGUUUAUUGCACAUGUGACAUCAGUGGAACAGAAAAAGAAAUUUGUGACAAAGCAUCUGGAGAAUGCAUUUGUAAGGAAGGAUAUGGUGGACCACGUUGCGAUCGAUGUCUUCCUGGAUAUUACAAUUAUCCUGAUUGCAUUCCUUGCAACUGUUCAAUUGCUGGAGUCAUUCAAGCCAUUUGUGAUCAUAAUGGAAAAUGUCCUUGUCUCCAGAAUUUCGCUGGCAAACGAUGCGAUCAAUGUAUGACUGGCUUUUAUCAAUUCCCAGAAUGUUUGGCUUGUAAUUGCGACACAUCAGGAUCGAUUGGCAUCUCAUGUAACAAUGAAGGCCAAUGUAACUGUCAAAACAGCUUCGAUGGAAAAACAUGUAACUACUGCAAAGAAAAUUUCUACAACUAUCCGCUUUGUGAAUCGUGCGACUGUAAUCCAGCUGGUGUCAUUGCGAAGUUUGCUGGUUGUGGAUCAGUACCAGCUGGUGAAUUAUGUCAAUGUAAGGAACGUGUUCAAGGAAGAAUUUGCGAUCAGUGUCGUCCAUUGUACUGGAAUCUCAAUGCAAGUAAUCCUGAUGGAUGUGAAGAGUGCGAUUGCUUCACUGAUGGAACAAGUGGAGCUUUAGAUACAUGCGAGAUUAAAUCAGGUCAAUGCAGUUGCAAACUAAAUGUUCAAGGACGAAGAUGUGACGAAUGUACAGAUGGAACAUUCGAUCUCUUCGGUUCAAGUCUUUAUGGAUGCAAACCAUGUGAUUGUGAUAUUGGCGGAGCUGCACAUUCCAUUUGCCAUAAAGAGACUGGCGAAUGUCGUUGUCAUCCGAGGAUAACAGGACGUGAUUGCACAAGACCUUUGCAACUUCAUUAUUAUCCAACACUUUAUCAGUUUAAGUUCGAAUAUGAAGAUGGAUCAACAUCGACUGGAGCUCAAGUUCGUUAUCAAUUUGAUGAAGAUGUCUUCCCGGAAUUCAGCAAAAUUGGAUACGCGGUCUUCUCACAAUUGCAAAGUGAAGUCACAAACAAUGUUGAUAUUCAAAAAUCUUCAUUUUAUCGUUUAAUUAUUCGAUACUUAAAUCCAACUUCAGAAGCAAUCGUCGCUGAUAUUCUUAUUCAAUCCGACAACCCAGCUAAUCUCGAUCAACAUGGAAAAGUUUUAUUCAAAUCAAAUCGUAAGCCGGAAUUUGUAACAAUGUCGGGUAUUAAAGGUGACAUAGCAACACCAAUUGUUCUUGAUCCUGGCAAAUAUAGCAUAACAGUGAAGACAUCUCAAACACUCUUCCUUGAUUAUUUUGUACUUCUACCAGCCGCUUACUAUGAAGCCUCAAUCUUAACACGAAACAUUGUGAAUUCUUGUAGAGUUGAUGUGGCAAGUGGAUUAUGUCGUCUGUACAAAUAUCCAUCAAUUAAUGAAUUCCAUUCAAUCACAAAUGCUCGUGCAAAUGGAGACUACGAAGCUGCUGAGUUUUAUCGAAAUUAUGAACAUCUUGGAAAGUUGAAUGAAAAUGAAAUGCCGUUAAUAACACCAUCACAAAGUACACUCAAUUACUUGAUGCAUGUUGAUCGACCAGGACGUUAUGCAUUGGUUGUUGAUUACAUCACUGACGUACAAUUCACAGAUGCCGGCUUUUUAGCUGUUAAUCAACAAGGUGAAGGUGAACAAGAUGGAAUAAUUUUGAUUUAUCCGUGCUUGUAUCAAAUGGUUUGUCGUGGACCGGUUAUGGAUAAAGAAUCAAGAGAGAAAGUCUUCUUCAUUGAUGUGAAUGACACAAAUCCAAUAUCCAUUAAUGGAGAGAAUGUGCUUGGCGUUGCAAUCAAAUCAGUAACACCGAUUCCAUAUGAACAAUGGUCAACUGAUUUUAUUCAACCUCAACCAGUUUGUGUGCUUAAAGAUGGUGCUUGUGUUGAAUCAAGCUUCUUAACAGCUCCCGAUUCGAAGAAAAUUGAAUUUGAAGCAGAAGAUGAAGAGAGAAUUGCCGUUGAGAAUCUUCCUGACAUCAUCAAUAACAACACCAAAGUGAUUUAUCUUGACAAAGACACACAAAGUUUUUUACUGUCUUCAAAGGUCAGCGAGCCUGGCCGUUAUGUCAUUGUCAUUAAAUAUUAUCAACCAAACCAUCCAAAGUUUCAUAUUUUAUAUCGCUUGGAAACUGAACGACAAAAUUAUGACGGGAAAUUUGUUCUCGAUCAUUGUCCAUCAAGUUCAGGAUGUCGUGGGGUUAUAAGUCAAGAUAAUGGCUACUUGUGGUUCGACAUCGACGAUAACUUCUCAUUUACACUUUCAAACCUUAAAGACAAGGGUGUGUGGCUUGAUUACAUUCUUCUCGUGCCAAUUGAAUAUUACAAUGAACGAUUACUUGUCGAGGAAGAAUUCGAUCAAACAAACGAGUUUCUACAAGAAUGCGGUCAAGAUCAUUUCAAUAUUCAAUUAAAUGCUUCUGAUUUCUGCAAAUCAUCUGUGUUCAGUUUGACAGCUGAAUAUAAUGUCGGAGCACUUCCAUGUAAUUGUGACAUUGAUGGAUCGAGAUCGUUUGAAUGUGAACAAUUUGGUGGUCAAUGUUCAUGUAAAGCGAACAUUAUUGGUCGUCAAUGUGAAGCUUGUAAAACCGGAUAUUAUGGCUUCCCCGAUUGUAAACCUUGUGAUUGUCCAUCAACUGCAAUUUGUGAGAAGCAAACUGGUGAAUGUAUUUGUCCCGCAAGAGUCACCGGCGAGAAAUGCGAUCAAUGUGUUCCAUACACUUUUGGUUUCGAUCAAAUCAUUGGAUGUGAAGAAUGUAACUGUAAUGAACAAGGAGUUCAAUUCGGAAAUCUUCAAUGCGAUCUCAACAACGGUUCUUGUGUUUGUGCAUCAAAUGUCGUUGGAAGAAGUUGUGACAAAUGUUCUUAUGGAUUCUUCAAAUUCCCUUAUUGUGAACCUUGUCGAUGUGAUUUACGUGGUACAACUUUGGAAGUUUGUGAUCAAGAAGACGAGACUUGCUUCUGUAAGAAAAAUGUGCAAGGAAGAGAAUGCAAUUACUGUGCUGAUGGAACAUACAAUCUCCAAGAAAAGAAUCCCGAAGGAUGCACAAAAUGCUUCUGCUUUGGACAUACAACACGUUGCGAAAAUGCUUAUCUUCGACCAUUUAAUGUUAGCAUGUUGAGUAAUGUGUCGCUACAUACAAUCAAUGUUAAAGGAGGCAAAUGGAAUAACACAAACUGGUUGACCGACGAACCAAUCAUGUCGAAUGAUACAACAGCUCAAGUGCUACUUGGCGAUGUUGAUAACCCUGAUUUACUCGAUGGCUACACCUAUUUCGGCAUGUUGGAAUUUUUCAGUAACCAGAACAGUCAUUUGACAGCAUAUGGAGGAUUUUUAAGAUACAAUCUUCUGUAUACAACGCAGUUGUUUGGCAACGCCUUAGUCGGACCUGACGUGAUACUCGAAGGAAAAGACAUGAAGAUCAAACAUACAAAUUAUCGACAACCAGCUGCUGGACAACUUUUCCAUGGUGCUGUUGAAAUGAUUGAAUCAAACUUUAAAACCCUCUCGGGUGUGACAGUGACACGUGAUCAAUUUAUGACCAUUCUACGUGAUUUAAAGAAAAUUUAUAUUCGUGCUUCAUAUUUUGACAAAGGAAUGAUUACUUACUUGUCAGAUGUUCAGUUGACACUUGCCGAAGAUGAUCCAGAAAAUUAUCAUUUAUAUAAAGAGUUACCAGCUGAAAAAUGUUCAUGUCCCCAUGGCUACACCGGGUUAUCGUGUGAAGAUUGUGCUAAAGGAUUUUAUCGCGAUCCUGAAGGUCCAUUCGGUGGUUAUUGCAUUCCUUGUGACUGCAAUGGACAUGCAGAUACUUGUGAUUGCAACACUGGAAUUUGUCAAGAUUGUCAACAUCACACGAUGGGGGAUCACUGUGAGAUGUGCAUUGAAGGAUAUCAUGGAAAUGCAACAUUUGGAUCACCUUACGAUUGCAUGAUUUGUGCUUGUCCAUUACCAGUUGAUUCAAAUAAUUUUGCUUAUGCUUGUGAUGUGUCACCAGAUGGUUACAGCAUCAGUUGCGAUUGUAAGCCGGGCUAUACCGGACAUAAAUGUCAAUCGUGCGCUAAUGGAUUCUAUGGAAGACCUGAAAUUGAAGGAGAAUAUUGUAAGCCAUGUGAAUGUUCAGGAAAUAUUGAUCCAUCAAUUCCUGGAUCAUGCGACAGUGUCAACGGUGAAUGCAUCCAUUGUCUGAAUAACACAUUUGGAGCUGCUUGUAAUCUUUGUGCCCCAGGAUAUUAUGGCGAUGCUAUUCGAUUGAAAGAUUGCCAGAGUUGCAUUUGCGAUAAUAUUGGAACGGAACAUUGCGAUAACUUCGCUGGAACUUGUGUUUGUUUACCAAAUGUUGAAGGUGAAAAAUGUGAUCGUUGUGCUGAAGAUCAUUAUGGCUUUGAAUCGGGUUAUGGAUGCUUACCAUGUGAUUGUGGCAUUGCUUCGAACAGCACGCAAUGUGAUGAUCAUACAGGAGAGUGUUUAUGUAAACCUGGAGUUGGUGGACGUCAAUGUGACCGAUGUCUGCCUGGAUAUUGGAAUUAUGGACCAGACGGGUGCGUUGAGUGCAGUUGUAACACGGAAUUAUCGCGUGGUUUAGGUUGCAAUCCAGUUACGGGGCAAUGUGAAUGUCUUCAUCAAGUUAUUGGAGAAAAAUGUGAUUCAUGUCCGCAUCGAUGGGUUUUCAUUGAGGAUUAUGGAUGUGAAGAGUGCGAUGGAUGUCAUCAUGGUUUGCUAGACGUCACUGAUGCUUUGGAAGGUAAAAUCAAUCCAGUGAUUUUGGAAUUAGAUUCGGUUGCUAAAUCUUUCUACACAACACAAAAAUUGAAGCGAUUGAAUGAAGAGACGGAAGAAAUAAAACCAGAAGUUGAGAAACUUGAUCCAAACACAAAUAACUUAUCAGACCAAAUGAGUGAGAUCGAUAGCUUGGAACAAGAUGUGAAACAACAUCAAAAGAAAUUAAAUUACCUUAAAGAUACAGCAAAGGAAUUGAAUAAAGCAAGUGACGAUCUUCUUAAGACAGUCACUGAAGAUAAAUCAGAUUAUCGAAUGGUAAUGAUUGGCGCUAGAAAUACGAUUAGUGAAGUUUAUGCACUUGCAAAUAGUUUGGAAUCGGAUGACAAGUCACAACGACUUGAACAGAUUGUGAAUGAAGCUGAAGAAUAUUUAGAUCGUAUUAAAGCUUUCGAUCCUGAAGCACUCUUCAAAGGAACAGCAAAAGAACAACAAUGCAAAGCUGAUUCAGUUUUUGCUGAUGUUGAACGAUUUGCAGAGCCUGUGACGACUCAAAAGAAUCGUUUGAAUCAGUUUAUCGAUACAGUCGAUGAGUUCAACCAUAAAAUUGAUAACUUGCGAGAGAAGAGUCGAGAAAGUCAAAUGAAUUCACUUCUUGCUGAAAGUUUAAAUAAGAAGAAUAAAGAAGCUCGAUUACCACAGAAACUCGAAACCAUCUUAAACUUCAUCAAAGAUUCACAAAAUAAUCUGAAAGAAGGAAAAUCUUAUGAAAUGGAAAGUAAAAAGCUUUUAUCGGAAUUGGAUUUGUCAUUGAACGAUUUACGGAAGUUGGGCACUGAACUUGAUUAUUUGAAUGAAAAUGUCGAUGAAAUUAUUCCGGUGAACCAAGACGAAUAUCUGAAAUUGGAGCCUUUGGUGCAAGAAGUUCUUAGUCACGUUCUUAUGUUGGGAGAUAAGAAAGAAAAUCUUUCAGCUCAAUACUCAAAUAUUACAGCAAACUCUAACGAUGCUAUCAAAGCUGUCAAUGCAUAUGCAGAGAUUGACAAUAAUGUUGAGAUUGCAAGAAAUAGAUCAAACGAAGCUCAUGAAGAUGCAAGUGCAGCUUUAUUACUGACAGAUGGAAUGGCUGAUCGUGCUGGUAAAUCACAUCAAGAAUCGAGUGAAUUAAAUCAUGAAGGCCACACAGCUUUAUCAAAUGUUCAACUUGAACUCAGCCCGAGCUUGGAUAAAUCAUUGGAAAAUGUUCAAGGUGUAAAAGAUCAUCUCGAUCUGAUUGGCGAGAAAUUGAAUGCAAUCAAUGACUCAGUUGAUGCAAUAAAAGUUGAACCAUUAACUGAUACAUGGAAAGCCAUUCAAGAUGAUGCAAUAAAUUCAGAUCUUCUUGUCCAAAAAUCAAAGAAAAUUCUUGAACCAAUUUCUAACAAACUUAACGCGUCCAAUACAUUAGCUCAGAAAUUACCCAAGGAAGUCGAGGACACUAACAAAGACAUUGCUCAAGCAUUGAACCAAGUGCAACGUGUUGGAGAUCUUGUUCCAAAUAUCUUAGGUACAAUGGAUGAUCUUGAAGGGAAACAAGAGCGAUUGGAUAGCUUGAACAGUGCAUUAGGUGAUGGUUUAGACGAUCUUAGAAAGAAAAUUGAUCAAGCAAGAUCAUUAGCCAACAGCAUUAAACUUGGCGUUAAUUUCUUGCCAAAUACAACUUUAGAAUUGAAGCCACCAGAGAAUGUUUUGUCGCAAGUUUUCAACACAAGAAUUUCAACUUAUUUCCGAACAAACACAUCCAAUGGUCUUCUUCUCUAUCUCGGCAAUGAACCCAAACCUGGCGCACGUCUUAAACGUGAUGACUUCAUGGCAAUUGAAAUCGAAAAUGGAUAUCCAGUUCUUCUCAUUGAUGUUGGCGAUGGACCUGAAAGAAUUAUCAGCAACAAACUUGUUGAUGAUGGAAAAUGGUACGAAGCGAUUGUUGAAAGAUCAGGAAAGGCGGUGACGUUUACCAUUCGUGAAGAAGAUGAAAAUGGAAAUGAACAAUUAAUUGUGAAAAAGGAAGAAUUGCCAGGCGAUCAAACUAACUUCGAUAUUGAUGACAACAGUCGAUUGUUUGUUGGUGGUUACAGCGACUAUCAAAUGCCUGACAGCAUCAAACAAUCAUCAUUUGAAGGUGAAAUUGAAGGAUUGAAGAUUGGCGAUCGAGAUGUUGGCUUAUGGAAUUUCGUUGAUGGACAAAAUAAUAAUUUGGGUGCAGUUGAACGUGACAGACUUGUGGCGAAGGAAGCUAAACACACAGGAUAUCGAUUCGGUGGAAAUGGCUUUGUUGUUCUAGAUGCUCGUCCAUAUAACUUCAGACAACGUUCACACAUCAACUUCAGAUUUAAAACUGGUCGUGAUUCACCAAACGGUCUUCUCUUCUUCGUUGGUCAUGACGAUCAUUAUUUGUCAUUGGAACUCCAUGAAGGUGCAGUGCUUUUCCAAUUUAAAAUGGGACAAAGUUCAGAUGUCGUUGAGAUUAAAACUCCGAAUCAAUUUAAUGACGACGAAUGGCAUCAAGUUGAAGCGACGAGAGAUCAAGGAAAUGGCGGUCUUACUGUUGAUGGUCUUAAUCUUUAUCAACAGACAUUCUACAUCGCUGAUUAUUAUGAAGCGCCUGAUAAAAUGUACUUCGGUGGAUAUCAAGAUAGAUUAUUAAGUUCGAAAGUGACAUCAAGAAGCUUCGACGGAUGUAUUGAUGAUGUUCACAUUGGUGGCACGCCAAUUGAUUUAUCACGAAAUAUUCAAUCGCAAGAUGUUCUUCCUGGUUGUCCAAUGAAGUUCUCUUCAGUCGUUUCAUUCGCUCACGAUAGAUUCGGUUAUAUUAAAUCAAAGAACCUUACAGUUGCUAAUAAACUUCACAUCAACUUGAAAUUCAAAACAGUUCAACCGAAAGGAAUCAUUUUCUAUGGAAUGAACAACGAUCAAAGUGCAACGUUGUCUCUUGCUUUGGAGGAUGGAAUUCUUGUUCUCCGAAGUUCGAAGUUUGAGUUGAACACCGAUACAAAACGAUUUAAUGAUGGACAAUGGCAUGUUGUGACAGCAAUUCAUAAUGAAAAACAUUUAAGACUCAGCAUUGAUGAUCAAUACGAAUACAUGUCAAAUGAAGCGCCACCAACUCUUUCAAUAAGUUAUGGUGAAAUUUAUUUCGGUGGACUUACAAAAUACUUUACACCAGUUCGUGGUGCACUUCCUAAUGAAGCAUAUUUCGUUGGAUGCAUUCAAGAUGUCACAAUCAAUACCAAUGAAGUGAACUUUGCAAGUUCAACUGAUAAGAUGAAUGCAAUAUUGAAUAACUGUCCAAGAGACAUUUUAGACUACAGCAUUUAUGAUGUGCCUUAUUAUUAUCCUGAUGGAUCAACAGAGCAAGCUAAAGAUCCACAAACUGAAAUGAUUGAUGCAAGAUUCCGUCCGGAUGAACGUGAAAAUGUUAUUCCUGAUAGAAAAGAAGAUGAGGAUGCUACAAGAUAUGAAAUUACAACAGCAAGACGACCAUCACAAGUAGAAGAAGGCGAUGUUGUUGCAACAGAAGCACCAAGAUUUGCAGAUAAAGCCGCGACAACAUCAACUACAACAACACAGAGAUAUGUUGAACAAACAACAACAACAGAACAAACGACAACACUUCGACCAAGACCAAUUUACACAAUUGAUCAGAAACAUCCUUUGUGUGAACUUCCAGUGAUUCCCGAUUAUGAUGUUGAUUUUGAUAGCGCUGGUUAUCGAUUUGGAACAUCUCCCAGUAGUUACAUUGAACUUGAAUCAGCUCCUAAGUCAACUCGAGCUAUUUUCGACUUUUCAUUGUUAUUCCGAACGAAUCGACAGAAUGGUUUACUGUUUUAUGCUUCUGAUGACCGUCAUCCCGACUACAUAUCUCUGUUCUUAAAAGAUGGAUAUCUAAACUACAAAUUCUCAUGUAAUGGUUCAGCAAUUCAAAUUGUUUCAAAGAAUCAAUAUGAAAAUAACGAAUGGAAUUUGGUUGAGUUCUCGAGAGAACAAAGCGAAUUAACACUUAAAAUUCAAGAUGAAAAGUUGACAGAUUCAUUGGUAAAGAAAUGUCGAAAUUUGGAAUUGAAACGAAAUUACUUCAUUGGUGGAGCAAAUAGUAAGAUGAUGGAAGACAUCGAUUCUAAAUUGAUUGGCAACAGUUUCUUCAACAAGAAUCAAUUCUUUGGUUGCAUGAAAGAAGUUAAACUCAAUUCGCAACUUCUCAACCCAGCCGUGCCACCAAGUGAAGGUGUUUUGCCAUGUUCUGAUAAGGUUGAGAGUGGAGUUUUCUUCGGUAAGAGUGGUGGUUAUGUUAAAUUACGUGAGAAGUUUAGAGUUGGAAGUGAUCUCACAAUCAGUAUGGACAUCAAACCGAGAAAUCUCACAGGAGUUUUGACUUCAGUGCAUGGAAAGAAAUCUUUCUUCAUUGUUGAGAUGAUUAACGGAGACAUUCACUUCUCUGUUGACAGCAACGACGGACCUCGUUCAGCUAUUUUCGUCCCUGAUGCAGAUAGAACACUUUGUGAUGGCAAUUGGCAUACAGUCACUGUCAUUAAGUCACGAUUUGUUAUUUCAAUCAACGUUGAUCAAUUCUCAUCGGAGCCAAAUGUUGGAAUUCCCGAAAAACAUACGCAACUUGAUACAACACGUCCGCUAUUUUUAGGUGGACAUCCACAUUUAGCAAAGAUUCGAGGAAUUAAAGGACGUCGCAACUUCCAAGGUUGCAUAAGAAACUUCAAGAUUAAUGAUGUCGUUGAAAAUAUCAAACCGCAGAUGACAACAGGAAAUGUUGAAACUGGCGUUUGUCCACUUUACUAAACUUCAAUUUUUAAUUCUUUUUUCUCAUUUUACUACUAAAAAAUCAAACUAAAAAUCCAUUUUUCUUUUUCUGUUAAAUAUUUUCUAUCCACCUUCUCCGCAUCCAACCGUAGUUUUGCAAUAGUUAUCAACAAUAAACCGGAAACCAAAACAAA